GCGGCCGGCACCGCACCGCAGCGGGUGCAGACAAUGGGAGCGGCGCCGGCCGCAGCGGAGACCCAAGCCCCAGGCGGAUGCGAGGCCGCGCCAUGAGCCCCGCAGCCGGGCGCCCCCCUGCGCCGCGCGCGGGCCGAGGCGAGCGGCCUCUGAGACCCCGGGCCCCGCCUUGGGGCCGGCGAUGAGCAGCCGGGGCUGAGGAUGAUGGUAGAUUGCCAGAGCUCCACGCAGGAGAUCGGUGAGGAGCUGAUCAACGGGGUCAUCUACUCCAUUUCCCUGCGCAAGGUGCAGCUGCAGCAUGGCGCGAGCAAGGGCCAGCGCUGGCUCGGGUGUGAGAAUGAGUCGGCCCUGAGCCUCUACGAGACCUGCAAGGUGCGGACAGUGAAGGCGGGCACACUGGAGAAGCUGGUGGAGCACCUGGUGCCUGCCUUCCAGGGCAGCGACCUUUCCUACGUCACCGUCUUCCUGUGCACCUACCGAGCCUUCACCACCACCCAGCAGGUGCUGGACCUGCUCUUCAAAAGGUACAGUAGAUGUGACGCCCUCACGGCCUCCUCUAGAUAUGGCUGCAUCCUCCCGUACUCCAGCGAGGACGGCGGGCCGCAGGACCAACUCAGAAACGCCAUCUCCUCCAUCCUGGGCACCUGGCUGGACCAGUACUCGGAGGACUUCUGCCAGCCUCCAGACUUUCCCUGCCUCAAGCAGCUGGUGGCUUAUGUGCAGCUCAACAUGCCUGGCUCUGACCUGGAGCGCCGCGCCCACCUGCUCCUGGCCCAGCUGGAAGACAUGGAGCCCAGCGAGACUGAGCCUGAGUUGUUGUCACCAGCACCAGUGCUAGCUCUAAGGCCUGCUGCAGAGCUGGAGCCAGCUCCGGUCCCGCUCCUAACAUCCACACCCAUAGCUGCGCCAGCCUCAGGCCCCCAGCUGGAGCCAGCCGUGGCUUCCGAGCUCGUGUUGGCUCCAGCACCUGCUGUAGAGCAAGAGCCAUUGCUGGAGCCUGAGCCACGUGCAGUGGCUGCUGCAGAGGAGCCGGAGCCCGCUCAGACACAGACUCCAGAGCUGGAGCUGGCCCCGGGCCCCGGGCCAUCUGUCGAGCCACCCUGGCCGCCUCCUCCGGGGGCCGCAGAGAAUGGACUGAGCCGGGAGCAGCCUCAUGUCCUGGUGUUCCCUCCUGACCUGGUGGCGGAGCAGUUCACGCUGAUGGACGCGGAGCUGUUCAAGAAGGUGGUACCCUACCAUUGCCUGGGCUCCAUCUGGUCCCAGCGGGACAAGAAGGGCAAGGAGCACCUGGCGCCCACCAUCCGUGCCACCGUCGCCCAGUUCAACAAUGUGGCCAACUGUGUCAUCACCACCUGCCUUGGGGACCGGAGCAUGAAGGCCUCGGACAGGGCCCGGGUGGUGGAGCACUGGAUCGAGGUGGCCAGGGAGUGCCGUGUCCUGAAGAACUUCUCCUCCCUCUACGCGAUUCUCUCUGCCCUGCAGAGCAACGCCAUCCACCGCCUGAAGAAGACGUGGGAAGACGUCUCCAGGGACAGUGUCCGGAUAUUCCAAAAACUGUCUGAGAUUUUCUCUGAUGAGAACAAUUACUCACUGAGCAGAGAGCUGCUCAUCAAGGAAGGGACCUCCAAGUUUGCCACCCUGGAGAUGAACCCCAGGCGAGCUCAGAGGCGGCCAAAGGAGAUGGGUGUUAUCCAAGGCACUGUCCCCUACCUGGGCACGUUCCUCACUGACCUGGUGAUGCUGGACACUGCCAUGAAAGACUAUCUAUAUGGAAGACUGAUCAACUUUGAGAAGAGGAGGAAGGAAUUCGAGGUGAUCGCCCAGAUCAAACUGCUGCAGUCUGCCUGCAACAACUACAGCAUUGCGCGUGAGGAGCACUUUGCAGCCUGGCUCGGGGCCCUGGAGCGGCUCAGCGAGGCUGAGAGCUACAGCCUGUCAUGCGAGCUGGAGCCCCCAUCCGAGUCGGCCAGCAACACCCUCAAGUCCAAGAAGAGCACAGCCAUCGUCAAGCGUUGGAGCGACCGCCAGGCCCCCAGCACCGAGCUCAGUACCAGCGGCAGCUCCCACUCCAAGUCCUGUGACCAGCUCAGGUGCGGCCCCUACCUCAGCAGCGGGGACAUCGCCGACGCCCUCAGCAUGCACUCAGCCGGCUCCUCCAGCUCGGAUGUAGAGGAGAUCAACAUGAGCUUUGUCCCAGAGUCCCCGGAUGGCCAGGACAAGAAGUUCUGGGAGUCGGCCUCCCAGUCCUCCCCAGAGACCUCAGGCAUCAGCUCGGCCUCCAGCAGCACGUCCUCCUCGUCGGCCUCCACCACACCCGUGGCCACCACGCGCACCCACAAGCGCUCCGUCUCAGGGGUCUGCAGCUAUAGCUCCUCACUGCCGCUGUACAACCAGCAGGUGGGCGACUGCUGCAUCAUCCGUGUCAGCCUGGAUGUGGACAACGGCAACAUGUACAAGAGCAUCCUGGUGACCAGCCAGGACAAGGCUCCCACUGUCAUUCGCAAGGCCAUGGACAAACACAACCUGGAUGAGGAUGAGCCGGAGGACUACGAGCUGGUGCAGAUCAUUUCCGACGAUCGCAAGCUGAAGAUCCCUGAAAACGCCAACGUGUUCUACGCCAUGAACUCUACUGCCAACUAUGACUUUAUCCUGAAGAAGCGGACCUUCACCAAGGGCACGAAGGUCAAGCACGGAGCCAGCUCAACCCUCCCUCGCAUGAAGCAGAAAGGACUCAAGAUCGCCAAGGGCAUCUUCUAGGGCCUCUCCCUGGGUUCUGGCGGCCCGGUGGCUCAGCGCUUGUGGCCCAAGUAGCCAGGCCAGGCCCCUCCCUGCUGCCUCCCUGCCAGCCCAGGCCAGCUCCAUCUCCAGUCUCACUGAACCUCUCCUGCUGCCGGGAUUGACGCCUGCCUGUGACAGGCUGACCUGGCCUCCGUGGACCACUUGCUGCCUUAGGUGCCUUCUGCUUUCUGGAACCAGAGGACCGCGCCACCCUGUCAAGGAGGCCUGCCCCCGGGCGCCACCCUCCAGGCCCUUCCCUGACAUCGUCCCAGGUGCUGGUCACUGCCACCUGUGCCCCAGGCACCCCAGGGCGCCCUCGCAGCCAGCGGGACUGACCACUGCCAUUCUCUCCUGCCCACGGGCACCAGGCCGUGGCCUUCCAGGGUCCCGGCCCCUCCUGCCACCACUCUAGCCUUUCUUGGGCUGCACCAAAGAUUCCAUCAUCGGGGCUGAGCAGAGCGAGAGGCUCUCAUCACCCGCGCUCUUCACCCGUGGGUGUCGCACCUCACGCCACUGCAAGUGCCAUUCACCACCGCAUUCAGGCUGGGCAAAACCACAGGAGACGGGUCGGGAGAGAAGGGGGCUUGGGGGAGGCGGAGGGCAAUUGAAUAUUUGUAUAAAAAGGAAAAGAUGUUUACUGAUUGGGGCGGGGC